UUAAGGAUUUUUGCUAACAGUGGCAACGAAAUACGGGAGAUAUCCAUCCACGGCGAUUGUGUGAUCAGGCUGCAGCGAAACGCAGUGUCCAUCACCGUGAUGGGGGAGGGCAGGUAAGACGUUGUGCAAGACAUUCAACUACCUGCUCCUGUCUUAUAACGUCCAAGAAAGGCCAGAUACAGUUUAAGACACAGUUAGAGAAUGGCUGGCAAAAGCAGACAGCUGAUCAGCCAGUCCUUCACGGAGGGGCCUUCUGUCCCGGACAGGAGACCGGCACGGCACAACCUGAGUGAUAGCGACAUGCUCAGUCUGAGCGCUGCCAUGAUGGACAGCAGACCAAACAACCUGUUCUCCAUGGGAGCCAUCCCCAGACAGUCCAAGUCCGUGAACCAGCCCAGUAUGAACAACGACAGGCGAAUGAUGGGCAGAUAUCCUGGUGGUCCUCCUCUAGUAGACAGCCUGUACCGACAGGCUGGACUCGGGCCAGGCGUGAGCCCACGGUCUGCUUCUGCUCCCUUAACAAUGGACAACCAACUGAAUGUAGGGGCACGAAUGACAGUGGGUGCCAACAACGCUGUAGCAAACAACGAAAGGUCUGCCACGACGCAGGUUAAACCGUCCCACCAAGGCGCUCGUGUCAACCAACUGUCGCUACCCACACGGGCACCAGCAACUGCUACUGCAGCGGCAGUCAGGAGAGAGGAGGCUUCUUCUGUCGAAUCUCUAGAGCCUGAUACCAGUCACAUCAUCGGGCGGCUCAUGCAGAUAAGGGAUUACCUGAAGCAGGCAAAGGGCAUGCUGAGUCAAAUAGAGAACUCCACAGGGACGAGCUGGAAUCGUGAACAGAGAGACAAACUACAAGAGCUGGUGGGACACUUAGAAGAGCAGGAGAAGGGCUAUCUUGGUCUUCUUCAGAGAAUACUGGCUGGGGACAGAGAGGGAGAGGCAGCGGGUCAAGCAGACGACGACACGUCCGUCAACGGUUCUGUCGCCUACAGCAUGUCACUUGACCUUGGAGACGCUCGCUCAGAUAUCUCCGAAGUCACAAGUGAGGCCACCUACACCGCCCGCAACCGCCCGCAGAUUGAGGACCACCUGGGCUUCCAUUCCUCGUCAGAGAUGGAGCAGGACUCCAAUGGUAACUUUGGUAGCUGGGAUAACGAUGGCAGGCCCGUGAGCCCUGGGCCCGGGGCCAGGCGAGACCACGCAGCCAGACUGCUGGCGUGGGGCAUGCCGCCUGAAGAACCGGAGAGGGCGGUCAGCCCCGAGCCUGGAGCCCGCCGCCCGCCGCGCCUCGCAUGGGCCACCCCCGAUCCCGAGGAACUAAACAAUCAGCAGGACGCAGCCAGAGCGGCAGACACGACCGAGAAGGCCUCUGGACCUGAGGAGGAGGACCUGGAGGGUCUGAGACAGCAGAAGGAGCUGCUGAGGAAGAUGCUGGAGCAACAGGAGCAGCUGAGACAGCUGCAGGACAGGCAGAGGAUGCUGGUCCAGCUGCAGGAGGAGGUGCAGGACACCCUGCAGAGUAGCCAGGCUGCUCAAGGUGAGGAAGGUGCACAGGGAGGAGUGAUCCCAGAAGCCGUGGCGGAUCGGCUGAAGGACAAGCUGCAGGUGCUCCAAGGCAAGCAGGAGCACAUGGCAGACCUCAUGCGCCAGCUACACUCACUGCAGCACCUGCGACAGAUGCAUGAAUUAGACCCCACAUCAAGCUCGGUGACAUCUAACAACCGUCAGAAUGAGUCCAUUGAGGAGGCAAUGAAGCGCAGAGAAUCCGGCCAGCAGGAGCCUGCAGCCAGGGCACCAGCUGUCUCUGCUCCUCGCCAGGAUACAGAAAACAAGCUGAGGAAACUUCAGGACGUGCGGGAACGCCUGAACCAGCUGCGCGAGUUGGUGCGGUCCUACCAGGCCAGCGGCUUCGAUGACGAGACCAUAACCAUCUCCACAACCACCAGCCAACAACGAGAUUCAGACUACCUGGAGAAUGGGGUUGAACAAGAUGAUGACGAUGAUGAUGAUGAUGAUGAAGAAGAUGAUGAUGAUGAUGAUGACGAGGAAGAUGAAGAUGAUGACAGUGAUGAUGAAGAAGAUGACAAAGAGGAGGAGGAGGAGGAAGGUGACAUGGGUGCUGAUGGAGCCAGGGGCCAGGAGGACAAUGUCAGUCUUUCUAGCUCCACACUGGCCACCAUGGCAGAGGACCCUGUCAUCAAGGAGAAAGUCAGGAAGUUGCAGGAAGCCAAAGAGAAGCUACGGCGCCUGCAGGACCUGGUGUCUGUGAUGCAGACCAGCUCCAUGCCGGGCAUCACCCUCCCCAAGGAGCUGGCAGAUCUGUUAGGGGAGACGGAGGAGGAGGAUGCAGAGGAACCUCCACCUCACCAGGCCAGGGCUCCUCCAUCUCUCCCCGACUCAACUGCCAGUAGUCAGCCUGGGCAAAGCAUGGAUGACCAGGUUCGGAGGAUGCAGGAGGAGGAGCUGGCCAGCCUGCUGCAGGAGAAGGAGAGGCUGAUGGCCAUCCAGCAGGAGCUGCUCAGGCUACAGGACGCCAAGCUUACCAUGGCAACGGCUCACCAACAGGAGGCCAGGACAGACUCCGCCCCAAGUAGUGCACGGGCCUACAGGGAUAGAAGCACUGGAGAGGCUCCACAGCCUCAACCUCGAGUACAGUAUCAAGGUACAAGUGCAAGUCAGCGGCAGCUUCCUCCAAGACAAAGGCCCACCGACCGCGACACUUGGGAGGAGCUCCGUCAGCAGAUGAUGCUACGGGAGGAGAUCCGCAGGAAGCGUACAGAACUGGAAGAUCUUGUACGUACAGAAAGACAAGCACGACUAGUCAGGACGUCAGCAGCGGAGAAGGGAGACUUCUCGGUCAUCAGUGACACAUCAGGGUUCCCAGGGUACAGCGUGAUGAGUGGUGGAGAUGUAACCAUGGCGACCUGGGGUGGGUCCACACAGCGUAGUAGUGAUUCUGUACAGGACCAGGGCAUGGACUUCAAUUCUAUGGACGAAGGCUACCCCAGUGAUGGUAUAGUCCAGGCAGAAGAGGAGGAGGAAGAAGAUGGCAGCCAUGCCACCUACACCAUAGAGAGGGGUCCGGGUGGGAACUAUCUACGUCUGUCUCCAAGAGCUGACCAAGAUUUAGGGAGAAUCUAUGAUGCACCAUCCGGGAGCCGGGGAUACAGCUCAAGUAGGGACUCUUGGAGGAAUAGACAAGAGAACUACCGUUCAGCAGAGGAGCUGAUGCAGGAGGAUGUGUCGGGGUGGGUAGUGAAGGAGUGCCGCCGGCUGCAGGACCUGUGUGGACACCUCCAGCAGCAGAUGGGCUCCACCACUAACCUGUGUCAGGCACUGCUCGCUGAUCAACAGUUGCUGAACAGGCUGGUGUCCACCAGCCUGAACGGUUCCAGCGGGUACGGCAGCGGGAGCGCGUCCCCCCAGACGCCCCGCACGGACCUGUUGGCGUACUUCAGUGGCCAGCUGCAGCAGAAGCAGCAGCUGCUGGCCCAGCUGCUGCAGUGCUACAACCAGCUGUCCCAGCAGCAGCACGACCUGGUGGUCAUGCAGCAGACCUGGGAGGGCGCACACUCCCUGCAGGACCCCAACCAUCCUGCCGUCACCUCCCCCACUCCAACCUCCGCACCCUUCCGCCCGGACAGCAACCCCUUCUCACACCCACAGCUCAGCCCGUUCGCGUCCUAUCCAAGUCAACCCCGUGGUUCCUUCGCCUUUAGUCCCAGCUUCCCUGCGAACUUCCCCAACCCUGACACCACCCAGUCCUACAGGCUCCCCAUGCCGGGGAGUGGGUACCGGGGCCUGCACCCCACCAGUGAGGGGAUGCAGCAGACAGACAUCACCAUUCCACCAGAGAAGCUGAGGAGGCAGUCAGACGUCCCUGCCAGGCCACCUGCGGCUGCCCCAGUCUCCAGUGGGAAGGGUAGAACAGCACAGGCUGCUGCUCCAACAUCAGUACCCAAGUUAGACUUCACACAACUCAAAAAGGCCAGAGAAAGUUCAAGAAUGCAAGGUACUCCUGACUCCAAGACAAAGAAGUCCAAAAAGAGAGGCCACAGAGGUACGAUGUAUGAAGCAGAAGGUGACCAGUUGUACCAGAGCUUCCCCCACGUGACAGCCGGCAUCAGCGGUACAGCGUUCCAGGACACCACCAGUAUCUCCAGCAAGAUGUCCAGUGUCACCGGCAGCGAGAGGCCUGAUGCAGAUGUACUGUCGUCCCAUGCUGCCAGUGAGGUGUCGUUAUUUGAGGCCCUGCGUGACACCAUCUACUCAGAAGUGGCCACGCUGAUCUCACAAAACGAGUCCCGUCCACAUUUCCUGAUCGAGCUGUUCCGGGAGCUACAGAUGCUCACCUCGGACUACCUGCGCCGGAGGGCCCUGUAUGCCUUACAGGACUUGGUGACCAGAUACCUGACAGAAGACAGUAUCAAACAGCACAGACCCCCCAUCAGCAUGCCUGUCAACCUCAGGGCUUGGCUGGGGGGAAACUCUGAACAGACGCCCAGUGACAGUAUGGUAACCUCAGAUAAUGAAGGUGGGGAGGAGGGGCGCACCAUGCCUGGUCAGUAUGACUACAUGGAAGAUGCCGGCUCCGCCAGCUCCAUGUCCACCCCUCAGUCCGAGGGCGGCUUCGACCCCUUCGCCAACGACGACCUCGGCAACACGGUCAUCCACCUGGACCGCGCCAUGCACCGGAUGCGGGAGUACGAGCGGUUGAAGGCGGAGGCUGAGGGAGGGGACGACGCCUCCCCGCACAGCUCGGAGCCCGGCCAGGCCAACACCACCUCCGCCGCCACCAGCACCAACAGCGCUACCAGCAACUCCUCAGCUCAGGAUGUCGGCUCUGAGAGCUCCAUAUCUGAUGGGCCGUACCCCCGUGUGGACACCCAGCAGCUGGACCAGGAGAUUAAGGCCAUCAUGACGGAGGUGAUCCCUCACCUGAAGGAGCACAUGGAGGAGGUGUGCUCCCCCCAGCUGCUGGCUUACAUCCGCAGGCUGGUCAUGUCUCUCACACGACACAGGGACGAUAGCAAGGAGUUCAGCAGGUUUUUCCACAAACAGCUGGGAACCAUCCUGCAGGACUCCCUGCAGAAGUUUGUAGGAAGGAAGAUGCGAGACUGUGGAGAAGACCUGUUGGUGGACAUCUCAGAGAUCCUGUUUAAUGAGCUGGCCUUCUUCAGGCUGAUGCAGGACCUGGACAGCUCCCCCUCCAAGAACUGGCUGCAGCCCACACAGUCUGGUGAGGAGGACCAGACAACGGGUAGUGAGGCGGCGGCCGGUGGGGAGGGCGAGGCCAAGUCUGACAGCAGCAGCUCCACGGAGACGGGAGACGAGGAUGGAGACACCACGCCCAAGGGGACAGCCAGCCACACCACGGGCACGCAGGCAGGCUGGCACAGGGAUAAGGCCAGCAGUGGAGUGAGCACUCAGGGAACAGGACAGGGGAGCAGAAUGUACCCUGAAGUGCCUCCUGUCAAGUUUGACCUGUCAGUGAGUGAAUUACAACCUCUCACCAGCUAUGGCAGUGGGGAGGAAGAUGAAGAACAGGAGACGGAGCAGUUUGAACAGGUGACAGACAUUCCAACAGGUGUGCAGGCAGAGAGAGACGUUUCAGACGCCAACACUGCGCCGUCUGCAAACCAGCCAGAACAGACCGCGUCACCACAGAAGGCCGGCUCUCCAGCCAAACCGGAUCAGCCCGGUUCUCCUGUGAGACCCGCACAGGGGGAGGAGUCUGUAGUAACCGGUGCAGAGCCUGAUCAGGAAGUCUCAUUCAAACCUAAAUCUGCUGAUGUCAAUGAAGAUGGUACAGCAGAGGCUGCAGGGGAAGGACAGAACGGCGAGGUUGCAGUGCCUGAGCAAGGUGAGGACAAGAGUGAAGACAAAGAGGAGCCCAUUGCAGAAAAUGGGGUGCCUGAUGGAAGUGAGGAGGCACCUGCACAAGUUGGCCAGGGCGACCAAGUAGGAGAGGUGUCCCCAAGAAGCCUCACAGCUCUUUCUAAGGAGGUGUUGGAACAGCAACAAGCGGAGGAAGACAAAGAGAAUGUGCUGGUUGUUGAGAUGAUAGCUGACGGCACCAUGAACCCGCAGCUGGCAGGCGACCCCAACAAGCUACCGGAGGUGGAGUCCUCAGCAUAGUCAUGGAUGUUUGUUGGUUUGUAGAAAUCCGUCCAUGUUAUAGCUGUAGUCUGUGUGAAUCCUGAGGGUAGGGUGGAGUGGAAAAGACUUAACUUUAACUGGUCUUCCAUCUGAGCCAAUCUUCAAUUGUAACUAGAUGAAGGGAAAUACAAUGUAUCUAUUCUGAAAAUAUCUCCAGUGAAGAAAUACAAAGUCAUCCACACCCUGUCCUCUGGGUUUACCAGACAUACGCAGUAAUGAAUACAAAGUCUUCACUCAUAGAUGUACAGGUGUACUGUAGAGUUGUGAAUCUAUCUGCACAUAGAAAAGGAGUAUGUAAUGUUUCUCAUUGAAAAUUUAAAUUUAUCAAGGAAUUUACACUUAAUGUAAAUGUAGACUAUAUUGUAAUGAUCUAGAAUGAAAUAUAAAACAAUGAAAUUGUAGUUAAUCUAAAUGACUGUACUCUGUACAAAGAGUUGUAAGUUUCAGAGCUCUGAUGAAAUGUACUGAAACAAGUUGUACAUAUUAUUAUUCUACUACUACUACUUUGUACUGCGUUUGCUGCUUCCUUUGCGGCAACUUCUUUGUCUUGUAAGGCUGAGGAAAUUUUCAUUCCAUAUCAAGGAUAAAUCUGUAUGUAGAGUUUGACUUCUCUGAAGUUGACUGAACCCUAUGCUGUAACUAAUACAAACGUACUGUGUGUUCUAGCCCAGCAUAGGGAGAAAGUUCAGCACAGUGUAUGUACUAUUAGCUGCUUUGCUGUCUGAAGUCUAAAUAUUAUGAAACCCCAAGUGGAAUCUUACAAGGUUAUACCCAGUACAUUAUUGUCUUCAUAGCUUUGCAUGAUAUUUUCAGUUGUCAUUCCAGUAAGUUCUGAAGGUUGAAGUUGUGCUGGAAUUAUAAACAGUCCACUUUGUAUGAAAAGUCUUGUGCUAGGUAAUAUUCUCUUUUCUUACUUAGUACGUACUGAAGGUGUUCUGCUAGUUGCAAGGCUAAAGAGAGGCACACAAUGGUAAUAACGAUUAGAAGAUGAAAAAAAUGGGAUGGUGUUCAAUUAUCCCAAAUUGCACGGGUAUUAGCCAUCAUCCUUUCAUCUAUUAGAAUAUUAAAAUUAGGUUUUCAAAGCUGCUGUCUUUAUUUGUUUGCUCCCAUUUCAUACAGUUGUUUUACGAUUCAUACAUCUGUGAUACUGGCUCUGAAACAACUUGUUAAGGAUAGUGCAAAGGAUGUACUUCAGUUCCAACAUUUACUUUGUAUGUUCAGAUUACAUUAUGAAGCCUACAAGGUGUUGCAAACAACCUAUGAUGUGACAAUAGACAUUCUUUGUACAAGUUGUCAACUGAUGUUAGCCUGUCAUCAAAUGUAAGAUUCCCAAGUAUUUUUGUAUGGAGUAGUUGUAAUUCUGAGUGAUGUUGAUUAUUUUUACGUAAUUUUGUUUUUGACGAACAUGUACAGUAAUAGAAGAGGUUGACAAGUAUGCUUGACAGAGACCAAGACUGUGUGUUACACCACUUGUGUGAAGUUUUUGCAAAUGAGGAAUCCAGUGGGCAUGUUUGUUUGUGUUACAGAAUGGAGCAGCUGGUUUGGUUUGUGAUUUUCAGUGGGGUUUGCAAAUAAAUAACUUUUCACCUCA